AUGCCUCGCCAGGUCAUCUCCAAGCCGAUCAUGGGUCCGGCUCGCCGCACCCGCGCUCACAGCCAGGCUCUCAUCAACAGUGCCGGUGCUACCGCUGCCGUCAGCAAGAUGACUGGCACUGCUGUGCCCAACCUCAAGGGAUCGAACACCUCGACCACCGAGCCCCAGGUUGAGAAGGUCAAGAAGGUCCCGAAGGCCAAGCAGGUCGCGAAGGGCAAAAAGGUCCAGAAGCCGAAGCCUCGCUUCGACACCUUCCACCCGUUCCCCCGUCUCCCUAAUGAGAUCAAGGCAAUGAUCCUUUGCGAGUACAUCGACUUCGAGCCUGCCAUCAUCUACGCUGACUGCAAGGCGAACAAGAACGACCCGGGCCUGAUCGACGUCAACACUGGCAAAGACGGCAGACACUCGAAAUACAAAUGCCUCGCUGAGCUCACCAAGGGCCUUCCCGACUUCAAAGCCUACAUUGAGCGCCAAAUUGGUAUCUCCUUCCACGACUUGUCCUACAGCCCCGAGGAAGGCGUGCGCAAGGAUAAGGAUCUCAUGGUCCUUAUCUUCAGCGAGAAUGGGGGACGUCACCUGAAUUGGUACAGCGACUCCCAGCGGAAUCUAAAUCGCGAGCUCUUUGUUCCUGGUAUCGAGAACAUUGGCGUCAUGGUCCAAGACAGCGGAAUGUUUGGCAAGGAGGCAAUCGAGAAGGGAUACGGUAGUAUGGUCAUGGCUUUCACAAAGUGGACCGUCGUCAUUCGGGCUGCGUCCCAGACGGCUCCGAAACUCCUCAGUUCGUGGCUUUACGUGCCCGCGGGCAUCAUGGUCAUGCUGGCCGCUUGCUUCGGCGUAAGCGUCUUCUUCGACGCCGUCGGCGUUUCUUUCCCUGCCUCUGUGGCCUGUUUGAUUCUGCUCUUCUUCGGUCUGUUGCUGUCGGAGCUGGUACUGGGAAACCACAAGACGAGAGCAAUCGUUGCCGUCAUUGAUGUGCCAGCGGGAUGGUCUCUCCGUUGGAUCAACAUCUUCUUCACACCAUCGUUCAUCAUGUUGCCUUUGAGUCCCUCAAUCGGCAUCGUUGAAGUCAUGAAGAUUAUUGCUGUCUUCAUCAUUGGCUUCAUCGUCAUGAUGGCGCUCGCCGCAUACCUCACCCGCGGCCUCCAACUCCUCCUCGGCUCAUCCAAACGCGCAAUGACAGAGCGCGCAGAAGAAAUGGGCAACGAGACCGACGAGAUUCCCCUCGCCGACACCCCUCCGCGAAUUGACUCCGUCCCGGGCUCCCGCACCAUCUCCGCAGCCCCGUCUUCACUCUCACUCAACACCCUCGCUCCGCCGCCGCCCUCCCAAAACGCCUCACACAACUUCCUCCCGUCAGGAACAUCCUCUCCCGCGAGAGUCCACGAAAUUAACGUCGAUAUCCCCUCCUCUCCGCCAACACCACCUCUCCCACCACAGGACCCCGUCCCCCCGCCACGCUCCCAGCUCUGGGCAGCCUGGAUAUGCGGUCACCUCAACUGGGUUCUUUACGCCUCCAUCUUCACCUUUGUCGGAAUCCCCCUUUACUACACAACAGGAUACGCCAUGCCCCUCCACCUAAGCCUCAUCCUCCUCGUCUACUUCGCCGCCAUGUCCGUCCCCGCAAACUGGAGGCAAUAUCUCCACCCCGUUCUCGUCACCGCCCUCUUCUCCGUCCUCGGGAUCUGGGCUCUCGCCGCCAUCCGAGGCGCAGGCCUCUUUGACACCCUCCGAUCCUUCCGCACGGGAGCGAAUUACACAUACCUCUGGCUCCACGCCAAGAACCCGGAAGGCCGCCUCCCCGGCGCCGGCGACAUCUUCAGCACAGUCCUUGACGCGAGUAUUGUAUCGCUCGCGCUGCCGAUGUACCAAUACCGCCGUGAGCUGAAGCAGAACUUUGUGGCGAUCGUGCUGCCCAACAUCCUCAUGUCGAUAGGCUGCCUCUUCUCGUACCCCAAGAUCUGCUUCGCCAUCGGCAUCAGUGCAGAACGGUCUCUCGCGUUUGCGUCGCGGAGUCUGACGCUUGCGCUGGCUCUGCCUGCAACGGAGAACUUGGGUGGAGAUUUGAAUACCGUGGCUGCGGUGGCUAUUAUGAGCGGUAUUGUCGGUGUGCUAGUUGGCCAGCGGAUGUUGGCCUGGAUGAAGAUUCCAGAAGAUGACUACAUCACCCGCGGCGUCACACUCGGAGCCAACUCCUCAGCCAUCGCCACCGCCCUCCUCUUACGAACCGAUCCUCGCGCCGCAGCGCUAUCAAGCUUGUCAAUGAGCCUAUUCGGCACAAUCACGGUCCUCUUCACAUCCAUCCCGCCCAUCGCAAGCGUCAUCAAAUCUCUAGUAACCUGA